UGCCUUUACUACCUUAGAUACCCAGGCGGAAUAUGGAUCAGAAUGAGGGAUCGCGUGAUGAGGCCGCUGCUCUUCCAACAACUGGAUUUUCGCAAGGGAGUGGCGUUAAUUCAGCACUGGAGAUAUCAGCUGUAAAUACCCCGCCUCACGAUAAUAUAAAACCUAAGGGGUCGUGUAGUAAUUCAAAGGAAGGCUUUUUGCAUAAAGAAUCAUUGCAUCACGCUAGAAGUACCACGGGACAGCUGCUGCAGCGGUUAUCUGGUACAGCGUCUUCUCGCGACUCCACUUCGUCUGGUGGGGGGAAGGGGUUCAUAGACCUAAACGAACAAGUUCCUUAUUGGGAAGACUCGCGCUUCAUCGUGCUUCGCAUGAUCAGACUGAUGCUGGUGGAAUGUUGGACCGGAAAGAAACAAAAGGGCAAUCUAAACUGA